AAUAAAGACAGAAAAGACUAGAGAGUUUUUCCACAGUGAACACCAUCGCAUAAAACGUUUGAACCAAACGCUCCAACGAAGUUGAGAAUCAGAAGCACCUAACCCACUCUCGCAUUCAAAACGUCUCACUCUCUCUUACUCUAAAUUAUAGUGUUUGGCCAUGGAAGCACCAUUACCAUCGCUACAGUGGGAUCAAUCAUCCUCAGACGGAGAAGAACCAUCACCAUCGCCACCACUGUCAUUAUCGUUCGAGAGGGAUCGCCACGUGGCGUAUUUAGAGAUGAUGUAUCAGAUGAUACCAUACUACUAUCAAUCCCAGGAGAUCAACCGCCUCACUCUCGCCUACUUCGCCAUUUCCGGCCUCGACAUCCUCGGUGCUCUGGAUCGAGUAGACAAAGAUGCAGUUGCUAGUUGGGUUUUGUCUUUUCAAGCUCACCCUGGAGAUGCAAAUGAUCUGAACAAUGGACAAUUCUAUGGGUUCCAAGGUUCUAGAUCCUCUCAAUUUCCUUUAAGCUCUGAUGGGGUUCUGAUUAACAAUCUUAGUCAUUUGGCAAGCUCUUAUUGUGCCUUAGCUAUACUAAAGAUUGUUGGUUAUGAGUUGUCAAAUGUUGACUCCAAAUCAAUAUUGACGUCAAUGAGAAACCUGCAGCAACCAGAUGGCAGUUUUCUUCCUAUCCAUAUUGGGGCAGAGACAGAUCUUAGAUUCAUAUAUUGUGCUGUGGCCAUCUGUUCUAUGUUGGAAGAUUGGAGUGGCAUGGACAAGGAGAAAGCCAAGGACUACAUCUUAAAAUGCCAAUCAUAUGAUGGCGGCUUUGGGAUGGUGCCUGGUUCAGAAUCUCAUGGUGGUGGAACUUACUGUGCAGUUGCCGCACUUCAAUUAAUGGGUUUUAUUGAGGAUGAUCUUCUGUCUAAAAGUGGAGCAGCUUCCAUCAUAGACAUUCCACUAUUGUUGGAAUGGUGCUUGAAGAGGCAAGCAGCUGAUGGUGGAUUUCAAGGUAGAUCAAACAAGCCUAGUGACACAUGUUAUGCGUUUUGGGUUGGAGCAGUUUUGAGGAUUUUAGGAGGCUACGAGUUCAUUGAUGGGAAAGCAUUACGUGGAUUUUUGUUAACUUGUCAGUCCAAGUACGGUGGUUUCAGUAAAUUCCCAGGUGAGCUGCCAGAUAUAUACCAUUCCUUCUAUGGAUGCACAGCAUUCAGUCUUUUGGAAGAACCUGGCCUUAACUCACUCUCAGUUGAAUUGGGAAUAACAGAUGUUGCUGCCUUCGGAAUCUGACUUGAUUUUAUUCUCUUCUUACCGUGGCUUUGUAAUUCUAUCUAAUUCAUUUUUUUCCGACUUAACCGAAAUAUCAUACCUGGCAAUACUUCUUGUUUACAUGAGGAAUAGUUCUUCUUGAUCUCAUUUAUCUAAGAAAUGUAAAAUUUUUAGCACUGGCUGUACAUUGCCAGUGAUGUACAUCUAUGUAACAAUAUGUUGUUUAGAUUUCACAUUAUCUCAUGUUAAUAAGAAAAUUCAGAAAAUUCUAAAUCUUAUGCUCUAAA